AUGCCUAGCGUUGAUGAAGUCAAAAAUGUUGUUUUCAACCUUAGUGGAUCAAGUGCUAGUGGACUUGAUGGCUUUGUACUAGGGAGAAGCAUUAUUGAGAAUGUGCUCUUGGCAGAAGAAAUUGUGACAGACAUCAGAAAAAGGGGCAAACCAGCAAAUGUAGUGAUCAAAUUGGACAUGGCAAAGGCCUAUGAUAGAGCCAAAGGAUUUUUCCAUUCAACCAGGGGUGUCAAACAAGGUGAUCCACUUUCACCUGCAUUGUUCGUCUUACCAGCAGAGGUGUUAUCAAGAGCUCUAAAUGCAGUAUUUGACAGUGCUGAGUAUGUGGGAUAUGGCAUGCCUAAAUGGAGUCAAAAUAUCAAUCAUCUAGCCUAUGCUGAUGCUAAUAUAAUAUUUGCAUAUGCAGAAGGAGAGUCCUUGAAGAGAAUUAUGAAGAUUCUGCAGUAUUUUGAGGCAAUAUCAGGUCAACUGAUCAAUAAAGACAAGUGUUCCUUUUAUAUGUAUCAGAUGAUUCCUGGUAUACUGAGGAAAAAGGUAUAUUAUAACGACCUUAUCAAGAAGGUGAAAAACAAGCUGCAAAAUUGGAAAGGAAAAUUGCUCUCUUUUGGUGGAAAAGCAGUUCUCAUCAAUACUGUGCUUCAGAGUAUUCCUAUAUACAUGCUUUCAGAUGUUGUUCCCACAAAGUAUACAAUUAAUGAGCUUCAUAAAAUCUUUGCAAGGUUUUAUUGGAGUACUAAAGAAGAGGGUAAAAGUAGGCAUUGGUCCUCAUGGGGCAAGAUGAAGCCAACAGAAGUGCAGUGGAAAGGAGGUUCACAAGUUUGGAAAAGAAUGAUAGAAGCAAGGGAUCAGGCAAUGCCUCCAGACUUUCAGGUUGACACCAGCAUUGAAGAGGUAUCAUACUUCAUGAAUGCAGAAGGUUGGGAUGUACAGAAAUUGCAUAACAAGCUGCCCAUUAAUGUUUGUGAUCAUGUUCUAAAAGAGUUGAGUAUAGUGGAGCAUUCAACGGAGAAAGAUAAAGCCUGCUAG